GGGUUUUCACGACGCGUCAUCAGACCGGAAGUCGCCAUAUUGGAGGCACUCCGCAUCACAACAAAGCACAGGCACUGAAGUAUAUCCCGAACGUCAUCAAGGAAAAUGGUUAAUUAUUGCCGUGUUUCAGGUUGUACCAAUAGGACAGAUCGAGAAAAACAUUUGGAAUAUUAUCGACUUCCAAAAGUUAUUAAAAACCAGGGAGAGGAAUGCCAGAGAUUAUCAGAGGAAAGGAGGCGCUUGUGGUUGGCAAAGCUCAACCAAGAUCUACGAGGGAAAAAUCUGGACAACAUCCGUAUUUGUUCGGCACAUUUCUUGUCAGGUAAAAAGUCUGACCUGUACCAAAAGGAUGACCCAGAUUGGGUGCCAUCUGUUGGACUGACAGGUCAGCAAGGAGGGUUACCUCAGUCAACCAAAGAAACAGGAAACUCACACUACAAGCGUCGCAUGAACCGAACCCAGCAGAGACUGAAGGCUGAAGCUGCUGCUGCUGCUGAGACUGAUGAUGACCCCACCACAAGUUAUGUCAGCGAUAAUUUUUGCUGUACAGGGACUCAAACUGAAUUGACUGGUGAUGCCAUUGAGGCUAUGGCCACUAAACUUCAAAGUCUUAGAACGGAAAACAUUCAGUUGAGCUCUGAUGUUGCACAUGUGUCCACUUCCUAUGACCAAAGUGCCUUUGUUGAUAAGGAUGAAAAGGUUUUAUUUUUCACUGGCCUACCUACAUACCAGAUACUGUUAGUACUCUUCACAUUCCUUAGCCCCCACCUCCCUGUGAGGAAGUCACUUGAUAAGUUUAAGCAGUUGAUGCUGACACUGAUGCGUCUUAGGCUUAAUGUUUCCACAACCUUCCUGUCAUAUGCAUUCAACUGGUCAAUAGCCACUGCUUCAAGGAUAGUCACUGAUGUCAUUGAUGUCAUGUUUAUUUGCAUGAAGCCACUUAUCAUAUGGCCAGAUAGAGAUCAGUUGCAAAAAACCAUGCCAAUGCAAUUCAGGAAACAUUUUGGGAAAAAAAUGUGCUGUUAUUAUUGACUGUUUUGAGGAUUUUAUAGAACGUCCAUCUAACCUUAUAGCCAGAGCAGAAACAUGGUCUUCCUACAAGCACCAUAACACAGUUAAAUUCUUGAUUGGUAUUACACCCCAGGGCACAGUCUCCUACAUUUCAAAUGCAUGGGGAGGGAGAGUAAGUGACAAAUACAUAACUGAAAACUGUGGCUUUUUGGACAACAUACUUCCUGGUGAUCUAGUUCUUGCUGACCGUGGCUUUAAUAUUCAGGCCACUUUAGGUUGUAGAAUGGCUCAUGUACAAAUUCCAGCCUUCACUCGUGGAAAGUCACAGUUAGCUCCUGUUGACUUAGAAACCACA